CCUGCGUGGUCUCAAGGGGUGGGGCAGCGGCCCGAAGUCCAGCUUGGCGCGCUAGCUCUGGCUUUUUCGCACGUCCGGGGUCCUGGUGGGCUGCGUGUCGGUGCAUCUGCGUCCCGCCGACUCAGCAUGGGGGCUGUGCGUGCCAGGCGCUGCCUGGAGUACCUGCUGGGCUUCUACUUCCUCUCCCACAUCCCCAUCACCCUGUUCCUGGACCUGCAGGGGCUGCUGCCGCGCGAACUCUACCCCGACCAGGUCAGAAACCUGCUGAAGUGGUAUUCUGCGGAGUUCAAGGACUCUCUGAUGGAGCAUCGCCCGGUGUGGUUUACGUCCUUCCUGUUUUGCGAGCUUCUCUUUCAGCUGCCCUUCUUCCCCGUGGCAGCGUACGCCUUCUUGAAAGGAAGCUGCAGGUGGAUCCGCACCCCCGCCAUCAUCUACUCAGUUCACUGCAUGACAACGUUAAUUCCAAUCCUCGCCUCCUUUCUGUUUGACGAUUUCUCCAAAACCAGUCACUUCAAAGGACACGGACCUCACACUCUCCGUGAACGACUCACCCUCAUAAGCAUCUAUGCCCCCUACUUACUCAUCCCUCUCAUACUUCUGCUCUUCAUGCUGCGGAACCCUUACUACAACCAUGAGGACAAAAGGAAGAAAAAAUGAGGAAGUCGCUACUGGCCGAGGAGAGAAGUUUCCACAGGGGCAUCUUUUGGACCCAAUACAGAAAAACUGUUUUGAACCCAUGGCUUCAGUAGCAUUUGAAAACACCAGCAGCAGUACUCAGGAGCAAGGUGGCGGCAAGGGCUGUGUCCAGUUAGCGGGGGCCGGCUGUGGGCCAGCCUUCAGGAACGUGAUGCCUGAGGCCCAUGCAGGACUAGCAAAAGCGGGACCAGACCGCAGACGUGGUGACCUUCCAUACGACGUGGCCUGCUUGCCAUGUUCUGAGUUGUUACAGUUCUGCAGCCACGACUAAGCCCUUGUCUGUGAUUCUCUGUAGAUACCACCAACCAAGUGAACAGUGAAAUGCUUCAAGCCAUUUUAAAACUAGAAACUAUUUAUAGUCACUGAAAACUGUCACUUAGGCUCCUACUACCUAUCCCUGGGAAAAAAGUAAAAUAUGCAAAGGAGGUUUAAACCUUAAGGGUUAGCCCUGUUGUGACUUCCAGUGAGAAAUAGGUUGAACUGAAGGUGUUUUUGUUUCUAUCUUAAACCAGUCAUCCCAAGAGAUUUUUUUAAGUCAUUUGUAGUCUUAUUUCACAAUCUUAGUCUUGCCUAUUUUUAGAGACCACCUGAGAUAAUUCUCUUUACCCCGAGGUCUGGCAUGUCAAGCUUGACCUGGAAGUUUGCUCCGAAGGGGUGACUUCACUCUUCUUGACAGUCUAACCGUUCCCAUCUUGUCAGGAGCGGGACUGCCGGCCGUGACCAGCCCGGGUAUGUAGUGACAGACCCUCCUGUCACGGGUCUCUGGAUACUCGCGCUUGGGGCUCCAUGAGGCUUCCCUAAACCAGUAUUCGAGGCUGUCCCUGAAAGAUGGAAGGAUAACAGGUCCCCAUCAACCCUGUUCUGCCCCUUGCGCUCGGAAGCCAUGUUGGUGUGACUGCUGGUUUUGGUGUCUAUGAUUUGUCUGUGUCUGGUCCAAAUAAAGGGAGCUGUUGCCACUG